AAAAACAAAACGAUAUAAUUAAAAAGGUGGAGCAAUUUUAUUAUUAGGAAACUUAAAAUCAAUUAAGGAGAGAAAGAAGACAAAGCACGUCUAAUUAAUUAACACUUAAUAAUUUCUCAAGAAUACAAUCUGCAGCUAAUUAUGGAUCAAAUGGCAAGGAAUGUUAAUUUCUAUCCGCAAGGAAGAAGUUGACAUCAACUGAGUUGGAUGUUGAUAGAGAAAAGAAAGUUUAUUAUAUAAUUUGUUGUCAAUGUAGUAAGAUUAACCAAAGGUUCAGAUGCAGGUUUUAACAGUAGUUCGCUUAUAACAAACUUACGUGAAAAAUGUUUGCCCAACCGAAAUAUUGUUGUUGUCCGGUAAAUAACUUAUUUAAAAAGAGAAGAUCUACUUUAGACUGCCGUGGUUACAAUACUUAUAAAAGAUUCUGCAUGAUUUCAAAGAUGCACAUUCUCAUUCUAUUGACUUUAUCACUUUCAAGUGUGAAAACAGAGACGUUGGAAAGUACGCAAGUAUACUGUGACAGCUUACCGAAUUUGCAAGCGCAUCAGAGGACGUUCUGUUACAAUAAUAUAGAUAUUGUAAAAACGCUGGAAGAAGGUUAUAGACUUGGCCAUAAAGCUUGUGAAGCAGCGUUUAAAGACAGUGGUAAAACUGGGACACGAUGGAACUGCACAAAUAUGUUAGAUGAAGAAAAAAAGAAUGUGUUUUUUGGAGUUUUUUUGGCUAGACCUGGUAGCAAAGAAGCCGCAGUCAUGGAUAGUUUCACUGCUGCUGGAAUGUUCUACAACCUCGUUAGACGAUGCCAAAAUAACCUCAUAUCAUCUUGUCCGCCAUCUCUGUUAUAUACGUGUCACUUGAAGACAUCCGAUUCAAGUUCGGAAGACUGCAGCGACAUUAACUGGAGUAUUCUUGAAAAGUUAACAGAGGAUUUUUUUGUGGAUCGUGUACAAUCAUUAAAAACACAAGUUGAAGAACACAAUCGUGAUAUUGGAUUUAGGUCCAUUAAAACGAUUGUAACAACAAAAAGAAUUUGCUCUUCACAGAAAUGUAUUCAACGACAACAACUUAAACCAUUGAGUCACAUAAACUCAAUUUUACUCACGUCGUAUAAACAAAACACCUUCAAGUUGAAGAAAAGAAAACUUACAAAUAAAAAGUUAACUACUAAAUUGAGAUUAAAAUAUUUCAAUAAACUGUUACAUUUUCGUGGUCGAUUUAGUUAUUGUGGUGAAAAUAAGAUGUGGAAAUGGCCAGGAAUUGGUCGUCGUCCUUGUAAUGAAUGGUCAGAUUUUCUUCACGCACUUGAUAAAUGUACUAAUCUUUGCUGUGGUUUUGGGCAUGUGCAAUUGGAAGAAAAGGAAAGAUACUGCACAGUGGAUAGUAAGCCACCAUUCCGUGGAAAAUGCACCACAAAGAUGGUAUCUCGCACAUACUGCAAGUAUCACAACGAGAUAUCCAGGAGACCUUUACCUGGCGAGAUUUAUAAAGAUCAAUCAAAACAUGGAAAGAAUGCCUAACUGAGAGGCGAUUGUUUAUUAAUGAGUUUAUAUCGAUAUGUAGAUUUUAAAGUUAUUUAUUUCAUAAAUUAUUUGUAGUUAUAUCAAUCACAUUUUAGGUGAAAAAUAAUAUGUUAUACUAUUUCUUUGACCUUUCUUGAACGUUGUUAAAAACCAGUUAAUACAAUUACCUUCAGGAAAAAUAUAAUAUUUCCCUAUGGCCUGAAAAUCUAACACGAAGCCAUGUAUCGAGUUGAAAUUUAAGUAGCUAACGUGUCACACUUUUAUUC